UUUUUGGCCGAACUAUCCCUUUAAGAUCAGAGAACAUCAAUACGCUGAGGCUACGUUACCUUGUUUCAGCAACGCUUGGUGAAACAGCAGUAGAUGUUUUCUGUUUAGAUGCUGAAUGUAAUGCAAUGAUAAGAAUGUAAUGAUCCCAAACUUUAGACGUUCUCUGCCAUUUAUGGACAUCUCUGCCAUCGUGUCAACUAAAUUUAAAAUGUAAUGCGCUAUGAUGUGCUUCAUAAAUAUUGAACAACGGUCCGUGUGAAUCAGAUCUCGGCGCGUGUAGUGCACAGAAUUUAACGAGGCUUCGAGCCCUAUUUUUAGCCUUUCAUUGAUAAAACUAACGCCACUGAUCUGCGCGUCUUUCAUUUAGGCCUGCACGAUUAAUAGUUUUUAAACCGAAAUCGCGAUUUGAAUGGAUGUGAUUUUCGAAUUGCAACAGCUGUGAUUAUUUUGAUUCAGAACUAUCAAAUAUAACAGUCAUCUAGUAUGCAGUUUUUGACAGUUCGAUUCAUGCGCAUUUUACGUUUGAUGCAGUUUAAACCAAUCGAGGGCAUUAACACUGAGGUGCUGACUGAACGUCAAAUAACGGCAUUUGGAAAACAUGAGCGCGAGAAGCAGUUAAACUCCCCAACAAAGUUUACGGCCAUAUGAUUUCCGUGAAAUCCAAGCAUACAAAUGGAAUUAACUGCACAACGCGGAAUGUCAUGGAAGUUGGCAGAUUUUGGAUUCAGUCUUUUUUAAAACCCAUUAUAACUUAUUAACCAGCAAACGAGAGGACAGAAAGGCGCGGAAACAUUUUCCUAAACCAAACUGUGAGGUACUGUGCAAUUGAAAAGCGCCAUUAGUACCCCACGGUUUGGUUUAGUUUGGGUCGGGUCAGCUUACUUUUGGAAGCUUUUCCAUUGGGUGCAGUACAUAGUACCCGAUACUUAUUUUCGUACCACCUCGGUUGGGGUUCCAAGCGACCCGAGCUGAUACCAAACGUGACACGAAAACACUGUAGAUCACUGAUUGUAAAAGAUUAGCUUUACCUCAAUGCUAGCUUGCGCUGCCUCGAGCAAACAUGUUGUCAUCUGCUCUGCUAUAAGUUCCCAAACUCCCAUUUAGCGAUAAAAAACAUCCACAUGUUGAGAAUCCGGGACACCAUAACAGUUUUUUCCAGACUUGCAGUUUGUGGCGGAACAUUUGCGACGAGCACAUUAGGGCUGGGCGAAUAAUCGAAAUCGAACCGCAAUCGCGAUGUGCAACGUUGCGAUUAGCAAAUCGCGAAAGGAUGCGAUAUGAUGCGAUUUGAGAAAUAUGCAGAGAGGCUUUGUGACAGUCUAACCAAUUGAGCGAGCGCAAGUAUGUCUGUGCUUUCUCCGUGAGAGGCACAUCAACCAAAACAGCGCUUCUCCUGAACUGACGAGGGGUUUCAAUUUAAAGCAUGCGCGCAGCCUGUGUCUCUCAAUGCUUGUUAAAUACUCAUGCCCGUUUCCCUAUUGCAAGACUUUGCGCGUACAUCUUCCACAACAGACAAGGUGUUUAAACUUGACGCACACGCGCAGCCUGUGUCUCUAUGCUUAUUAAAUACUCCUGCCUGUCUCCGCAAGUCCCCAUCGCAAGACUUUUCUUGCGCGUCUUCCACAACAGACAAGGUGUUUAAACUUGACGCACACACACAGCCUGUGUCUCUAUGCUUAUUAAAUACUCGCGCCUGUCUCCGCAAGUCCGCAUCGCAAGACUUCACGCCCGCGUCUCUCAAAACGGAUGAUGCGUUUUACACACACACACAGCCAACAAUGCUUACAAGCCUGGCUCCUUAUUUAAAACAAACUAAAAUACCAUUUAACUGGGUUGCUAAUGUCACUUGAAUGAAAUGACAUGACAUUGAACGCAUUUGGAUUUUAUAUUAAUUUUAAAAAUCCCAAAUGUAGCUUUUUAAUAUUUUGAUAGUUAUGAAGUUGAGUAUUACAGUUCUUUGUUUACAAAAACAAACAAACAUGCAUUCAAAUAUUUUCAGUAAAACUCAGUCACCCAUUUAAAGGGAAACUUCACCCAUUUGCAUUAGGCUUUGUACCGUUAGAACCCCAGUCAUUUUUUUGAAUGGUCGUGCAUCAUUCCCUCAGUUUCCCCUGAGAGGGGAGAAAUACUGAUUUCAGUGAGGCACUUCCUUCUUUCAAUGAUGUAAAAAUCGUCAUUUUGCGUUAUUGAAAAAAGGAAAUCCAGUAUCUCUAUUGAGUGUGAAAUACUACAGACACUCAUUCCUCAUUUUUCCAAGGUGGGGGCUAUGGGUGGGACCCACUCACGCUUCAAACCAAUUACAGAUCAGUGGGUGGGACUUACGAAAAUAUACAAACACAGACGGAAAAAAAAGAUCAGCCGCCAUCUUUAUGCUAAGCUAAGCUAAAGAGAAGUUGUGGAGCGAGUCAGACUUCAUGUUACAAUAACAGUGGAAGUUAAUCAAUAUGAUAUAGAAGAGGGUGAUUUCGCAAGCGUGAUGCUCUAAUCCGCUGUUUAUUGCACCUUUAUGAGCCACAAUACAAGCAAAGAGCUGAGGCAGAUCAGAAGCCCGAGGAGAAGCCGGAGCCUGGACGUCGGCUGGGUAGAGGAGCCCAGGGAAGACACAGCAACCAUCGGCCUCUGCUGCGUAGAGAAGCUUGCCUGUUCUCUCGCUGUGUGCCCUCUUUAUAACAUUUCUGCAUCAGAUAAGGAUAUGGACGUUCGUUUGGUGAAGGUUUCGAGGCAAGAGAGCAACUUUGCACGCGUUUGGACAUGUUUAUUUCGUUUCGGCUUCCGAGCAAAUGCGCUGCGGAUUAUAUGAGCUUGGACAGACUCGCGCUGUGUGCUUUCGGUGUAAGAUUUCUGGAUCAGAUAAGGAUAUGAACGUUUGUUUUGUGAAUGUUUCUGGUCGCGUGCUUAUUUCAAAGACGUGUUUCGGUUUACGAGCACAAGCUCCAAGAGCUGAGGCAGCGCGUCUGUGGAGAUAUUGUUCAGGGGACACGUUUGUGUGGAGGAUGCAGGGAUAAACGGACGUCUAACUAAAGAGGAAUGCCUGCUCCAAAGCCAAGCCGAAAUGCCCGAGAAGGUGCAGUUCCAGCUCUUCACAACAAUGAGUCUGACAGCACCACAACCACCACCAACAUUCUGGCCUCGGUCAAAGAACAGGAGCUCCAAUUUGAGCGCUUGACCUGGGAACUGGAGGUGGAGCGACAGAUCGUAGCCAAUCAGCUGGAACGAUGCAGACUUGGUUCAGAAUCACCAGGAGCUGCUAGUGGCAGCUCGUCUGAGAAGUCUCUUUCCUGGAGAUGUCCUGAUGCGUCAUUGUACUGUGAUGUUAAGUCUCAAAUGACUGACAGCUGUCAUACUCCAGUGUUCGGUGUGAGGAUGGAGGGAGAGCAGCUGUCUCUAUAUACUACAGACAAGCGGCCACUAGGCAACUCUCACAGCUCUACCCAGAUGAAGUCUUACUCUGAUAGUGGUUACCAGGAUGCUGGUAUCUACUACAGCAGCCAGGAGCAGGGCAAGUGUGAGUUGAAAUUGCAGCACUCAUUUCAGGGUUCUGGAGGAGGCUCCACACUGCAGAGAAACGCUAGGGCUGAGGGCCAGGUGACAGGACAGGGAUCAGGAGUGACAUACGGGGCUAUACCGGAACAUGCUAUGUGGCGAGUCAGUUCAAUGCCUUCUCGCACUCAGUCACCUUACGAAAGCAGCAUCUCUCCGUCUCGAGGGUCACUGCGGACAGUGGGAAGCUCCUACGGAUCACCCAUCAUGACAGAGCGAAAAAAUGUGCCCUCCAUUUUCACAACUGCCACCCUACCCUUAGUCCCACAAGCCAGCUCACCCUACUCCACCCAGCUGAACUCCCCUGUUAUCCUACGUAGAAUAGGCUCCACUAAUUCCCACUCUGGUGGUACCAGCCACCUCACUACACCUUAUUCAGGAUGUGUGGGGUCUGUGGGAGGAGAGGGACAGGUCAGGUCGGGGUGUCCAGCCAGGCCAGGAAUGGCAGCGGUUCCACAACAUUAUAGGCCAACAGUGCCAAGAAUGCUUGUUAAUGAUGCCUCUGAUCCAUACAGUACACACAGCUAUGAGGUAUAUGAGAGAAUACCCCAAAGAACAGACAGCCUCACAGGUGUGCGAUCAUCUUACGCUAGUCAGCGCAGUCAGAUAGAUGCUGAAAUCAGGUCCACCAUUUCCCCUGACCGUCAUAUAGGACCCAUCUAUGAGGACCGUAUCUUUCGUGGGCCCCUCUAUCGGAGCUCCAGCCAUGGAGCUGGAGAUCACAACCCACACAUUGCUGUCUACAGGUCAUCGUUUGGUGUGGGUAACCUGCAGCGAAGCUCCAGUCAACGCAGCAACAUGACAUACCAAAGAAGUAACUAUGCUCUGGACACCAUCUACACAGAACCAUAUCGACUGGCCCCAAACCGGCCCUCUGACUCCAGCUAUACACGGAAGCCUAUCGUCAUGGAUGAUGAUACCGCACACUCACCCUCAAUAGACAGCAUACAAAAGGACCCAAGAGAGUUUGCGUGGCGUGACCCAGAGUUGCCAGAGGUUAUUCGCAUGCUACAGCAUCAGUUCCCAUCUGUGCAGGCCAAUGCAGCGGCAUACUUGCAACACCUGUGCUACGGAGACAUCCACAUCAAGGAAGAGGUAUGUUGCCUGGGUGGUAUAAAGCACCUGGUGGAUUUAUUAGAUCAUAAGGUUCUGGAGGUGCAGCAGCAUGCAUGCGGAGCUUUGAGAAACCUUGUCUAUGGCCGAACCAUGGAUGACAACAAGAUUGCAUUGAGAAAUGCAGGGGGCAUUCCUGCACUGCUUCGUUUGUUGAGGACGACUGUAGACAGUGAAGUACGAGAGCUUGUCACAGGUGUGUUAUGGAAUCUGUCAUCAUGCGAUUCUCUGAAAAGGACAAUUAUUCGUGAUGCCUUAAGCAGCCUGACCAACACUGUGAUUAUCCCUCACUCGGGUUGGAACAGCACUGACUUUCACGAUGAGGCUAAACUCAAGUUCCACUCCUCGCUUGUGCUCCGCAACACCACCGGCUGCCUCAGAAACUUGAGUUCUGCUGGAGAGGAGGCCAGGAAACAUAUGCGCUGCUGCGAGGGACUUGUGGAUUCACUGUUGCAUGUCAUCAAAGCCUGUGUCAGCACCUCUGACUUUGACAGCAAGAUUGUGGAGAACUGUAUUUGCACUCUGAGAAAUCUUUCCUACCGGCUGGAGCUUGAAAUACCUGCCUCCCAGCUCAUAGCCUGUCAUGAAGUGGAUGGGUUAUUGGGGCCAGAGUCUCCUAGUAAAUACAACUGCUGUGGGAAAAAGAAGAUAAAAAAUGUACAGCAGGAACAGUGGGAUGGUGUUGGACCCAUUCCUGGUUUUACAAACUCCCCUAAAGGUGCUGAAAUGCUGUGGCACCCAUCUGUAGUGAAGCCGUAUCUCACCCUAUUAGCCGAGAGCUCGAAUCCAGCCACACUUGAAGGCUCUGCAGGGUCACUCCAGAACCUCUCCGCUGGAAACUGGAAGUUUGCGGCAUAUAUACGCGCAUCAGUGCGUAAAGAGAAGGGUUUGCCAAUACUGGUGGAGUUACUGCGCAUGGACAAUGACCGGGUGGUGUGUUCCAUUGCCACUGCACUCAGAAACAUGUCCCUGGAUGUGAGAAAUAAAGAACUGAUUGGGAAAUAUGCCAUGCGGGACCUAGUGAACCGGCUGCCUGGAGGAAACACCACACUGCUGUCUGAUGAUACAGUGGCAGCCAUCUGCUGCACCUUACACGAGGUCACCAACAAAAACAUGGAGAAUGCCAAAGCUCUGGCAGACACCGGUGGGAUAGAGAAACUUGUCAAUAUUACCAAGGGGAGAAGUGAUAGAUACUCUGUAAAGGUGGUGAAGGCUGCUGCUCAAGUUCUGAUUGGACUAUGGCAGUACAAAGACCUCCGCACCAUCUAUAAGAAGGAUGGCUGGAAUCAGAAUCACUUCCUAACUCCCAUGACGACUUUGGAACGAGAGAACUUCAAGUCACAACCAACAAAACCAUUAAACACACAACAGAUGUCAUCUGUGCAUCACACAGUGGGCAGCACCGCAUCAUCUCCAUCCAUGCUGGGCAUUAAAGAAAGACACUCAAAUAAUCAAACCAAAAAAUCUACUAAGCAGUUUAAUAAUUGCCAAGCAGAAAACAGCAUCAAUAAAAACACAUACACAGGUUUUGCAAAGCCAUCUCAGUUAUACAUGGGGCCGUACACUUCCCUUAGCAGAGAGGACUCAAGGCGUGGUCAGCAGGUGUACUACGCAGAUGAAGCUGGCCACAGAAACUACGAUACCUACUGCACAUACAUGCAACCACACACCUAUGAGGACUCAUACCUGAAUGAGACAGUCCACUAUUCUUCUGCAGAUUACAUCCAGUCACACGGCUUUAAAUCCUCAAGCAACUACAUGGACUUUAACCCAUCCACCAGGAGACCCUCAUACCCGGCUGAACAUUACCCAGUGUCGCCAGACUCAUGGGUAUAGAGCAGGGGUGUCCAAACUCGUUCCUGGAAGGCUGGUGUCCUGCAGAGUUUAGCCUAUAAGUUCACUCAACACACCUGUCUGAAAGUUUCUUGUCUGCCAAGUAAGACCUUGAUUAGCUUAAUCAGGUGUGUUUGAUAAGGGUUGGAGCAAAACUUUGCAAAGACACUAGCCGUUUCUCAAUGUCAAGGAAGGAUCCUCGGAAGCUAGAAUUUCGAGGAUGCUACGUCAUCGACGUCCGUAGAAGGACUGUUCCAAUGUUGAGGAUCCUUGAAAUUUCAGCCAAGGACUGAGUCCUUCGUUCGAGAAAUAUCCCAUAUAUAGGAAAGGAUGCAAAUUUGUAUCCUUCGCGCUCUUCACGCGCUGAAAUCACCCACAAUCCUAUGCGCGCAGCACCGAAAGCACACCUUUCAAUCCCGCAAUGACGUAAUGACGUGCACUUGCUAGCCUGUUCCAUUUAACGUGUUCUCCGAAUACUUAAAAGGAGCCUCGCCUAGCCUCUGAAGGAAGUGACUUGUAAAGACUAGUCCUGCCAAGGAAGUAUCCUUGACAUUGAGAAACGGCUACUGGUCCUCCAGGAGCAGGAUUGGACACCUCUGGUAUAGAGAAAUAGAGACCUGCAGACAUCUCUAAAUGUUUAAACUUCUUUGAAUAUUUUAACAGCUGUUUUUUUUUGAAAAGUAAAUAAAAGAUGCAAAGCAAAUGAAGAUUUAAUGUCAUACCAAAGCUGGAAAAGAAUGUUUGUAUGUCAAUGGAAACAGGAAGCAGAUCAUGAUCUUUGUAUGUAGAGGGGUUGAAGGAUGUGUUGAGAAGGUAAAAUUCAGUGCAGAUGUUUUUUAUGUAUGAGAGAUAUGCCGAAGGGUUAAUGAACUAAAAUCUGUCAACAAAAAUAAAUAAUGAUUAUGAUAUAUUUGAACCAUGUUAGUUUGUACAGAGGAAACAUUGUAUUGGUACCUGUUGGUUGUAAAUGUUAUCAAGUAUUGUACAUAUCUUUUACUUUCUUUUCAAUGCAAUGAGAAAAUGUUUUUAUACUUCACAUAGGUCAAAAUCAUGCUGUAUUAAAGUAAAUGCAUCAAUGAUUA